GCUUUAUUUUACCGACACGUUAACAGAAGUAGUGACUAGAAGGUUGAAUGAAGUUUUUCUAUUCUGUCUGGUCGUCAGUUGCUCAUGCAUCAAGGAAGCGCAUGUCCUAAAAGGAUUUUUGUCCUUUUCUUUAAAGUGGCACAUUCUUACCGGUGCAGGUGCAAUUCUUGCAUAACAAAAGCAAGGCAUUUAAAUUUUUACUUGAUCUGCAGACCCAGAAGGGAACGGAGAACAGUAUUCAUACUCUCUGACACAGCUGAUAACAUUUAGUGCAACUUUAGACGCCAUCAGUGAGCCGGUAAGUGUUAGAAGAUGGUUCCAUGAGAUAAGGGGACAUUUUUUUCUAUUUAUGUGGUAACACAACUUCAUGUGGUCUACUUCUACUUCUGUUAAAGAACAGAAGUAGAGGGAGGGUUGGACUGGGAACCUAAACGAAGAUAUGCACUGUCUCAGUUCCCCAUCUUGUAUUCUCAUGAGCUCGGCUCGUCAUUCUCCACUCAUGCUCAUACAGAAAAAGUCAGAUCUUGUAGGCUAGGAUGGGGAAAACCUCACUCUCUUGGGUCUCGACUUUACUUUUGCUGAAUACAGUCUUCAAUUUUGGACAUGCACAAGAUGUUAAUUUGACCCUUGAACCCAGUUCAUCACCUUUAUUUCAUGGGGAGUCCGUUACCUUCACAUGCAACAUGACAGGAGGAUUCGACUCUAACUGGCUCUACAAAUUCCACCGAAACGGUCAACACAUUGUCGCCAAGUCCGAUGUUUCAAACUCCCUUCAACUCCACCUAGCGACCGACCUGAGCGGGCGUUACCAGUGCUCCGCUUAUCGUAAGGACUCACCAGGGAUCAACAAGCAGAGUAACAACAUCACACUUUCUGUGGCAGCCAACAGGCCUACAGCUACCGUGACUGCAGACAAGAAAACCAUUUCAGAGGGCAGACAAACUGAACUUACCUGCUCAGUUAAAGACUCUGCUGGAUGGAAGUAUGACUGGUUCAUGCACAGCUUCUCUGAAGCCCAGAUUGUGAACAACGCUGUCAAAAACACCAUCAACAUCCACAGUGGAGGCAUCUACUGGUGCAGAGGAAGAAGAGGAAGCCCAGCUUUCUUCACUGAGCCCAGUGAAAAGUUCGUCAUUGAGAAAAGCCUGUCCAACCAGGCAACUGUUGCUUUGCAACAUAGCUGGAGCCAGAUAUACAGUGGUGAGGCAAUAUCCAUGAGGUGUGAGAUUAAGGGAGGAGGAAGCUCUAUGCGGGAAUACGAGUGGAGAACAACAACCUCAAAGCCACCAUCAAGAGAGAGUACGGUUCAUAUUAGAGCCUCUGCUUCCGCCACUAGUAACUUCUGGUGUAGGGGGAGAGCAGAUCCAUUUUCCUCAACCGAGUGGAGCCAAGAAUACCAUCUGAGAGUGUCAGAUAAACCAAGGCCCGUGGUGAGGGCCGAUAAAAGACUCAUACCAGUAGGGGGCAACGUAACACUCACCUGCUCUGUGGACUAUCCGACUGAGUGGAAAUACUACUGGUUCAGACACACUGGCAACUUUUCUGACGUUAAGACCAUUGAAGAAGGAAAAUCAGAAAAUGCCAUCAGUGUCUCUCAGGGAGGAAUGUACUACUGUCAGGGAGGAAGAGGAAACCCAGUCUUCUUCACUGAAGAAAGUCAUCGGAUCACCAUUGAGAAAAGAGUUUCCAAUAUGGCUGCUGUUUCUCUGGAGCCUGACUUGCCCGUGAUCUACUCUGGAGAGACGAUCACCGUUAGAUGUGAGAUUUCUGGAAGUCAAAGCAAUGAAUGGGUUUAUGAAUGGAGCAAGCCAAUAUCGGAUACAUUACCAAUGAAUGAGUACCGAAUUGUUACUGCAUCCGAGUCCAGCAGUGGGAACUACAGGUGUUUGGGGCGACGCAAGCAGGAUCUGUAUUCAUCGACAGAGUGGAGCAACGUCAGGACAGUCACAGUUUCUGAGCAAAGACCAAAGGCUGAAAUUAUUGCUGACAGAAACUUUUCAACAGGGGGCACUGUGACGCUGACCUGUUCUGUUCCACCGUCAUCGUCACCAUCUAGUUGGACUUACCACUGGUACAGAGAUGAGAUCGCCUCUAAACCUCUGGAGCUGAAAUCUGCUGCAAAUGGAGAACUCGUUGCGUCACAGAAUGGAUUGUAUUUCUGCAGAGGAGGAAGAGGAAGCCCAGUUUACUACACAGAGUCCAGUCAUUCAGUUACUGUCGACAUACCUGCUACAGACAGAACGAGACCUGUUGUGACUCAGCAGCCAAACUGGCCUACGGUGUACUACGGUGAGAAGGUCACUCUGAGAUGUGAGAUCCAGGGACAACCUCAAGAUUGGGUUUUUGAAUGGAUAUCACCCUGUGGGGCUGUACCAUCGACCCAAAAUGAAACGCUUUGUUUAGGUUAUUCAUGUAAUGGGCACUACUGGUGUAGAGGCAGGAGAAAGAGUGAUCCACAGGAUGUCACUUGGUGGAGUGCUCCCUUAGAAAGCACAUACGUUUCAUCACCAGAGUCAGUCCUGACUGUGUCUCCAUCAUGGCUGAGUCCUGGAGCCUCAGUGACUCUGAGCUGUGAGGUUAAAGAUUCAUCUGCAGGAUGGAGGUUCUACUGGUAUAAAGCUGUUCCUGAUUUAUUACAUGUAUUCAUGAUCUAUUACCGCAGACGUAGGAGCCUUUACUCUUCUAGUGGAUACAACUUUGUACACCUUCCUGGCACCAUCAAAGGGACUGUAGAGAACUCUUACAUCAUUCAUGGACAGAAACACACAGCAGGAUAUUUUUGUAGAGCUGGAAGAGGAAACCCAGAGUAUUUCACUGAAUACAGUGAAAUACAGUUUGUCUGGUCUGCAGAUCCUCAUCCAGCAGCUUCUCUCUCAGUGAGUCCUGACAGAGAGCAACACUUCACCUCUGAGCCUGUGACUCUGAACUGUGGAGGAAACUCUACUGAGUGGAGAGUGAUGACUCCUAGCAGAAUUAGUCCCUUGUAUUCAGACAUCUAUUUUGAGGAAGUAAAUAGAUUCACAACAAGAAUGAGAGCUCACUCGCCCUCUACUGCAGUGUACUGGUGUGAGUCUGAAUCAGGGGAGUUCAGCAAUGCAGUUAACGUCACAACACAUGGUGGUGAUUUAAUCCUGGUGAGUCCUGUACAUCCUGUUAAUGAGGGAGAUUCUGUCACUCUUGGAUGCAAACUGAGGAGCGAGAACUUCACAUCCACUGUGGGAUUCUUCAAAAAUGAUAAACUUAUCCAAAACGCGGUCAGAGGAGAGCUGAGUAUCCCCGCCGUGUCGGCUUCAGACGAAGGUUUCUACAGGUGUGAACAUUCAGGAGAGGUGUCUCCACAGAGCUGGGUGGCAGUUAAAUCAUUAAGUCCUUCUCUUCCUGUGUCACUCAUUGUUGGACUAGUUGUUGGUUCCCUGCUGACUGUCCUCCUCGUCGCGCUGCUGUUGGUGACUUUACGCAACAGGCUUUCUCAGUGUCACAGAACUAAUCAGACCUCAACAGCUCCUACUAAUAAACAGGAUGAAACCCCAAACCAAAUAUACUCGUCUCUCCUCCAAGGUGAUUCUGCCAUUUAUGAGUCAGUCAGAAGUCCUAGAAAUCCAGUCAACGGUAGAGUAUGAACCGAUUCAUAAAAGAUAACUGUGUAUAUAUAAAAAAAAAAAGUUUAAAUCAUUUCUGCUCCUUUCAGAUCAAGGAGUGAACAAGGACAAGAAAGUCAAACUUUUCUUGUCCUCACCUUUCAUUUUGAGCAUUCGGCUCAAAAUGAAAGGUGAGUUCACUAGAUUUGGGAUGUUAGAACCAGAGCUGACUAAAAAAACUAUAAGUUCUUUAAUAAUAAUAAUAAUAAUAAUAAUAAUAAUAAUAAUAAUAAUAAUAGGAAAUGAUGUGGAAAAGGAAUCUGACUCCACUGACAUGAAUUCAGACUUAGCAAGUGAAGUUUUCCUGUAUAUUUUUAGCAAAUAUUCUGGUGGAGUUUAUAGGAUUCUGUUGUACUAUUUUAGCCUUCAGGUCACUUUGGCCCUUUGUCAUUCUGUACACGUUUUCUCUCCAUAUCUCAGUUGCACACUUGCAAACGAACCAUCAGGUUUACGACAGCAUAGCAUUCAAAUGUUAUUCUUAACCCUACCACACUUUAUAUCAUUUAUUGUUUCUUUUUUUUGUUUCAGAUCCAUAAAGUCUGUCACCUCAAGGAAGAAAAAAAAGAGUUUUCCUAAUUACAAUGUUAAUUAAAAUCAUUGUGAUUUUGUUUUACUGUUACAGCACACCGAUGAACCAGCUGCACAAACCCAUGCGUUUUCAGUCAACUGUUACAUAUUCAUGAAUGUUAUGCUUAUCUUGAUAGUGCCGGAUUAUUAUAAUUUCAAAAUGCCACUUUAGAAAAAUGGAGCAUCUGAACGUAUUUUAAGUACGAGUUUUUACGCUAGGCAUUAUUUGUUUCUUUUUAUUGUGUUUUCCAUUUAUAUUUCAAUAGCAUGUUAUGAAAAUAGUCCAUGUAGUUUUCAGUUGUACACUGUUGGGGGUCCUUAGUAUCUGCUCCAGCUGGAGAUCUGUGGUGUAAAAACAUGUAUUGCCUG